GUCCUUCCUUUGACUGUAGGGAGGAAAAUGGUGGAAGAGAAAGCAAAACGGCUGUUGUAGUCAGAGGAACACCAACACUUUUAUCUCCGCUUCCAGACUCACUUUGUGUAGACCGUAAAGUGGCAGAAGAAAAGCAACGGUGAUGGCUGAUGCAGCAAAAAUCAAGAAAACUGCAGCCAAGGUGCUGUGCUGUGUGGAGAAGGUAUCAGGUUUUGCGUCCUCUUUCGACCCCAUCUUUGGCAUUGUCUCCUCCCUGGUCGGUUUGGCUCGCAAGGGCCUGGUUGAAGAGGAGGGCCACCCUCUGGACAAGGACUUCCAGGCGAUCCAUUCAAAGCUAGAGAGCAUUUCAAAGAAUAACCUCCAAUGCUUGAGGAAGAUCCGCAUCGAUGAGGUGAACGAAACCUACGGCAUGUAUGAGGAGUACAUCAAGCACCAGUACACGGCCUUCAACAACAUGGUGGCGCAGGUGAAGAAAGAUCCCGCCAACACUCAGCGCUACAUGGAGAUCUUUGAGAAGAUAUAUGAGAAAGACAAGAGCGACAUGAGUCUGGAUAUAUACUACCGUGGAGUGAUGGGUACAAACUUGCUGUUUGGAAGACCUCUGCUCAAGGUGUACCUGGACAACUGCGAGGGCGACCUCAAGAUCAUGGAGCACCGAUGUUCACACAUUGCCCACCUGUUCCACAUGGGACUCAUCGCACUCAUGGCCUACUAUGCCGUUACAGAGGACGAUGAAGAUGAGGUGCGGGACAAGUGGACUAAGAGGGUGGCGGACAUCCAGCAGAAGAUGCAGGAUGUGCUCAGUCAGUGCAAAGACAAGUCUACCUGAACAUGGACCACACUAAACGAAGACCAAUUAUGUUAUAAAUAUAUAAAUAUAUACAGUAUAUAUAUAUAUAUAUAUAUAUAUAUA